AUGGCAGAACCGCCCCCCUUCCUCCGAGGUCCAAUGUACUCCACCUACUCCGAGCUCAGAGAAUGGAAGCUCCGGAUGAAAAAGGCCGGCCUGAACCCUGCAACUCCAAUCCCCGUACAAGCGAAACAAUCCGCCGCCGGAAGCUCGAGUGGAGAGCAAGCCGUCGAAUUCAGGAAGGAGAACAGAAAGGCGUCUCCUUUGGUGAACAAACGCUUCGAGCCGUCGAAAAUGGCUCCGCCGCCGACGGAGAUGAGGAGGGCGGGGAGCGUAACGGCGGGGAAGAGGGAGGAGAAGGGAGGCGGAGUGCCUCGCGGUGGCAGUGUACGUGCUGAUGAUCUAGCUGUUAUGAGAAAUUUCUGCAGCUAUCAGGAACAGGGGACGAGGAAUGUGGAGGAGGGGAAGGGACGGAGGGAGGAGAGGAAGGGAAUAUUUGGGAAGACCUUUACUGGUUUCCGGCGAUCGACGGCGAAAGCCGCCGGCUGGUUAGGAUGA